AUGGGUCGGGGCGACUCGGCGGCGUCGGCGGCGGAGCAGCAGUCGUCGUCGACGACGGCUCCGUUGCUGGAGAAGACGUCGGUGGAGGCGGAGGCGUCGGAGGCGGGCGGCGGGUACUACUACGUGGAGGGGUGCCCAGGGUGCGCCGUGGACCGGCACAAGGCGGCGAACCCGGGCAUCCCCUACGCCAACUUCAUCUACGUCUGGAUCGUCACCCUCUGCACAGCUUUACCGAUAUCAUCGCUAUUUCCCUUCUUGUAUUUUAUGAUAAGAGAUCUGGGGGUUGCUAAAACAACAGAAGAUAUCGGGUUCUACGCUGGUUUCGUAGGUGCCUCAUUUAUGUUUGGUAGAUGCUUGACUUCAACAGCCUGGGGUAUAGCAGCUGACCGUAUCGGGAGGAAACCUGUUGUCGUGUUUGGCAUUUCCUCUGUGGUUGUGUUCAAUACAUUGUUUGGUCUGAGUGUCAACUAUUGGAUGGCAAUAGCUACGCGAUUUCUGCUUGGUGCUUUAAAUGGUUUGCUUGGACCAAUAAAGGCUUAUGCCAUUGAAGUUUGCCGACCUGAACAUGAAGCGUUAGCACUAUCACUUGUCAGCACAGCAUGGGGAAUAGGUCUCAUUAUUGGUCCUGCUCUUGGAGGUUAUCUUGCACAGCCUGCAGAAAAUUUUCCAACUGUCUUUUCAACUGACUCAAUCUUUGGAAGGUUCCCAUAUUUCUUACCAUGCUUAUGCACAUCAAUCUUUGCUGCUGUUGUUCUCAUAAGCUGCAUAUGGAUGCCGGAGACUUUGCACAAGCACAAAGUUCAUGAAAAUAGAAGUCAGAACAUUGAAGCUUUGGAGGCCCAUCUGAUUGAUUCAAAAGAAAAGGUUGAAGAAAGUGGUAGUUCAGAUACUAAGAAGAGCCUAUUCAGGAAUUGGCCAUUGAUGUCAUCAAUAAUUGUCUAUUGCAUCUUCUCCUUCCAUGACAUGGCUUACACAGAGGUGUUCUCUCUAUGGGCUGAAAGUGACAAGAAGUAUGGUGGACUGAGUUUAUCAUCUGAGGAUGUUGGUCAAGUUCUUGCAAUCUCAGGUGCCAGUCUUCUUGUAUAUCAACUCUUUCUAUAUCCUAGUAUCAAUAAGGUUCUUGGGCCUAUCAAAUCUUCUCGAAUUGCAGCUAUCCUGUGCAUACCUAUCCUCUUUGCCUACCCCUACAUGACAUACCUGUCAGACCCUGGAUUAUCAAUCAUUUUGAAUAUUGCGUCAGUGAUAAAGAAUAAUCUUGCUGUUACCAUCAUUACAGGCACUUUCAUCCUUCAAAAUAAUGCUGUGCCUCAGGACCAAAGAGGAGCUGCAAAUGGACUGUCCAUGACAGGGAUGUCCUUUUUCAAGGCACUUGCUCCAGCAGGAGCUGGCAUUGUGUUCUCAUGGGCACAGAAACGCCAGCAUGCCUUUUUCUUUCCAGGUGAUCAGAUGGUAUUCUUCCUCCUGAACGUCAUCGAGCUGGUUGGGCUUCUCCUCACAUUCAAACCCUUUCUGGCAGUACCAGAGCAAUUUGAGAGCAGAUAG